CUUUCCCGUGCAUUGCUGGAUGAGGGAGGAAGUCUCUGGGCUCGAGCUGGACGUUUUGUGGAAUUUUGGGUGCAUCUAGCUAGCUAAAGUAAGUUAUUCUUAAGAUUCAAAAAUUACAUAAUGUUUUGUUGAAACUUGUUACAAACGUUCGAAUUGUUAAUCCAUUACAGUAUUAGUUUGCCUGUUUGCUUUUUUAGCUUGCAGUACGUUCGCAUCUGUUAGCCAUUUAGCUAGCAACCCAAGCUAGCCUGCUACGGUAAUCAUCCCAACUUUACCUGGGGAAAUGGCUUUGGAGGGUGAAUACGUGAUUGGUUACGUUAAGAUCAUUAGAAUUGCAAUAUAUCAAAACAAUUAUGUCAGGAAAGGACGACUGGGAAUACCAUUUUGCAUCCAUUUUACCACCCACUCAUUGCACCUGGAGGAACAAUCAGUAACGUUAGCUAGCUAAUUGCGUCUGCCAUGAAAAGUUGGUUGUUUUUCUGCCAACAUGACAAGAUAUUUGAUCCGUAUUCUUCUAUCUCGCUCCUAUUAAAUUGCAGAUAUGUUUGUACGAUCUAACCUAGUAGCCUGCUGUAAAGUCAAACAGGGAGUAGACUCGUGCCACAUAGUCUACUGCGCCCUCCAAAACGGACUUUUUUUUGUACGUAACCUACCCGAAUAAGUACAUACCAGCCAGACUCUAUUGGCAAUGUUUUGAAUUACAUUCGAAAUAACUAUUUUCCCCAGAAAUAUUACACCAUGAAUACGGAUGACGUAUACUAUUUAUUUUGUCGCAAUAUUUCAAUAUUAUAGGGAAUUUGAAAAAUAUAAUGCCAAAGCAUUUUUUGCAGAGUGAUGUGUAGGAAUGUAAAAUUUGAGGACAUCAUUGUUACAUGACUGACUUUAAUGCAAUCCGACAUAUCCUCUCUUCCAUGUAGGCAGCAUUCUCAACCAUGGUGAUGUCUUGCUGCGUGUUAUACAUAGACCAAACAACUCUGGCUGCUUCAAGAGUUCAGUCACCAGUCUGACAUUCUUUCCAUGCAUGCAGGAUACCUGUUGCCUCACACCUGUGUCACAGGUUACUUUUUUACUUUGUUGGAGGUAAUGCCACACUGGUCACACAAUUUUUUUCAUCAUGAUCUCCAAUGAACUUGUGUGAGUUAAAGCCACAAUCUUGAAAUGUAGGCUAACCACUCACAUUCAUAGACAUAGCUAAGGAUGCAAGGACUGACAGUCAUUCCACAGCGCAUAUUUCAUAUCCAUUUGCUAGGAACAACCUCUAUAGGCAAUACUUUGUGCAUACACAUACAAAUGUGUGCAUUUUGUGGUGGAGUAAACAUAAGUUAGGCAUGACAUCAUGUUUAGACCUAUUUAUAGUGCCGUGAAGACCGAGAGGAAGUGGCGAAUUAUAGUAGUAUAUAGAUACUCUUUGGUGAAGUUCUUUUCCUGGCUAGUCUAGUUCCUUUCUCUGUGAGUGAAUCCAUUAUAGCUGACUCAUUCUUCUCUUUGUCUUAGUAUGGUCUGAUUUUAUUUUUUGUCCUUAUUCACAAAAAUGAGCAAUCACAUCACAUGGCCAGUUAAAGCUGCAAUAAGUAACUUUUUGGGCGACCUGACCAAAUUCACAUAGAAAUGUUAGUUAUAGAUCUGUCAUUCACAUUGAAAACAAGUCUAAGAAGCGGUAGAUCUGUUCUAUGUGGGCUAUGUCUAUGCUUCCCAUUAAGUUUUGUUUUUGCGUCUUUUACUUUCAGUUUUGUACACCAGCUGAAAAUACAGUAUGUUUGGUUAUGAAAAAUAUAUUAAACAGCGGUUUAGAUGGUACAAUGAUUCUCUACACUAUAUACGUGCUUGUUUUGUCACAUAAACUGAAAUUAGGCAAACUAUUUUAGAAUUUUUGCAACCACGAAAUGGCGGAACGAUUUCUGCAUAGUGCAGCUUUAAGCCCAAAGUGUGGUUUUAGCAUUAGCAGAUCAGCAAUGUGUCAGCUGUUUUUCGCAGGCAGAAAGCUGUUCUUUCUAACCAUGUUGGAAUAGGUCACACACUGUGGUUUGUUGAUCUUUCGGAUCUGUCUGUGAGUCACCUGUCAGCAAACAUAAUUAUGCUUAUCUUGUACCCACACAAGCUGAUAGGAAAUUGAGCUAUAAUGUCAUAAAGAACAUGUAGUUUAGAAUAGGCUCAAGAUAUCACAUGUAAGUGGAAAGCCGCCGGUGCAGAAAAUGCUCAUGUUCCUGUAGGAGCUCGCUGGGUGUGUGCACAUGAACUUGACCACACUUGGGAGGGGUGCCAAUUCUAUAUAUGUGCCUUACAUUUCCCAUGUCACGGACGGGGCGGGUGAAGCUCUGCCAAGGUGUGGUCUUAUUGGCUCUACACCGUUUUCUCUGUCAUCUGGGAACCCUCCCCUGAUUUGACUCAACUGUCAGAAAGAUCAGUUAAUAUUUUUAUUUUUUUAAACAUUUGUUGUGGCAAUUAACAGCUGUCGCUGGCAGCUGCACAGUGUCUAAUUGUCAUGGAGGUGGGGCUAGUAUUAGUCGCAGAAUAAUUUUUCUAUAAAUCCCCUGGUCUUGUAAUAUUCUUUAGAGAGCCUAGCCAUAUGUCAAGAUGUUAUAAUUAUGUGCAAAUUGUGGUGUUGACUUGCUGCAAAGCAUUGUCAAUUUGAAUAAUGCAUUUGAAUCAUAUCACAUUCUGUGAUCAUGCUACUAUGCAAAUGUUCUUCUAUUCUGAGAACAUUGUUACCUGUAUCCGUCCAAUGUAACUUCAACUUUGUCACCCGUCCACAAACGGCUUGUUCUGUCAACUGCCAUUGAGCCCUGACAUUUUUAGGUGUUGACAGAUUUGUUAUUCUUAACAUUUAUCUCCAUGUCUAGACAUGAUAGUUCACAUUACAAUGUCCUUAUUCAUCUGUACCAAUAAUGAUUAUACUCAACAGUGUACACACUUUACUUCUCUACCGCCUCCAUUUUUUGCUCUGUGUAUGUAACCCCCACCCCCUCUCUCUCGUUGGCUCGCUUUCUCUCCCUCUCUCUUUCUGUCUGGGGUGUGACAGGGGUUGGCAUAUGAGGUCAUGUUUGGAGUCCCUUAUUAUGGCUGGUCUGACUCCUGUGGCCUCAUUUCACAUCCAGGCGAGGCUCAAAUACAGUUACACAGUAAUAGUCAUUCACAUGGUUGGUAUUUUUCCAAAUGAUAAUACAAAGGUUUACAUAGAGUUGUAUGUUUUCUCUCAUUGUAUAGCUUUUCAAUGGCUAACAAUACAAAAUAAGUGACAGGUGAGGAUGUGUGAAUUUUGAUCAGGCUAAGCUACAUUUUUGUCAUGUUGUAGGACUUUUGUAGCAGUUUUGUACCCUCUAAUUUUGAUUUUCAACUUGCAGAAUGAUGACUUGAUUAUUGGGGAAAUGCCCCUACAUGACUCACAUAGGAAAUUGCUACUGUCUGGGGGGAAAGCAAUUGCCUAGUAUGGUUUUGACUGAAUUUCAUUUCCAGCUGUUUGAUAAGUAGUUUGUCAUAACAAGCAGAAACCAAAGCACCUCUUUGCCCCCUUAGUUUAUGUGAAUGUCAAGGCAAUCAAUGAUCUUCAUUCAUGGCAGUGAUUACACAUUCUGUCUUGUCUUUUGUCCUUUGUUCGUCCUGUUGAAUAUGUGCCUGUGAUGCCAGAUGCAGAUUAGGAGAAAAUGGUCCCAUUGGAGGAAGUGAACUGACUGAUCUUGCCAUCUUAUUUAUGAUAAUUUAUGGUCAUGACUCAUGAUUUAGGCCUCUAAUCAAUUGAUAAUCUAUUAUCAUAGAUAAUUUCCUAACCAGAAAGAAAAGCUUGUUAUGCACUGAAUCAAUGUAUUGUAUAGCCCAUCCGACUGUGUUAGUUAUUAGGAUUGGGCGGUAUCCAGAUUUCAUACCAUGCCUGUGCCAUCCCAGGAUAUACAGUAUUACCGGUAGUGCACACAAGGGGCGCUAUAAUUUUUCAAACAUAAAAAAAAAAAAUGCCCAAAUACCAUCACUUAGCAGAAUGAUAACAAGUACUAAGGACUUCUCAUAUCAGAUGCUAGGUAAAUGCUAACGAGCGCGCGCAAACAUUUACCUCUAGGACAGACAACCCAGCUCAUAAAGUUAUGCAAGUAUCUCAAAACAUAGUUUGCAGCACAGACAAAACAAAUAUUAGGCAGCAGGGAUCUUAAUCCAGGAGGGGAUUGUCUCUGCUGCUUGAUCUUGAUACAUUUACAUUUACGUCAUUUAGCAGACGCUCUUAUCCAGAGCGACUUACAGUUAGUGCAUACAUUAUUUUAUUUUUUCAUACUGGCCCCCCGUGGGAAUCGAACCCACAACCCUGGCGUUGCAAACACCAUGCUCUACCAACUGAGCUACCUCCCUGCCGGCCAUUCCCUCCCCUACCCUGGACGACGCUGGAUUGCGCCGCCAAUUGUGCGCCCCCCGGUUGCGGCCGGCUACGACACAGUCUGGAUUCGAACCAGGAUCUCUAGUGGCACAGCUAGCACUGCGAUGCAGUGCCUUAGACCACUGCGCCACUCGGGAAAUACACCACAUGACCAUAAGUAUGUGGACACCUGCUCGUCGAACAUCUCAUUCCAAAAUCAUGGGCAAUAAUAUGGAGUUGGUUCCCCCUUUACUGCUAUAACAGCCUCCACUCUUCUGGGAAGGCGUUCCACUAGAUGUUGGAACAUUGCUGCAAGGACUUGCUUCCAUUCCAGCCACGAGCGUUAGUGAGGUCAGGUACUGAUGUUUGGCAAUUAGGCCUGGCUCGCAGUUGGUGUUCCAAUUCGAUGGGGUUGAGGUCAGGGCUUUGUGCAGGCCAGUCAAGUUCUCCAAAACCGAUCUCGACAAACCAUUUCUGUAUGGACCUCGCUUUGUGCAUGGGGCAUUGUCAUGCUGAAACAGGAAAGGGCCUUCCCCAAACUGUUGCCACAAAGGUGGAAGCACAGAAUCGUCUAGAAUGUUAUUGUAUGCUGUAGCGUUAAUAUUUCCUUUCACUGGAACUAAGGGGCCUGGCCCGAACCAUGAAAAAGAGCCCCAGACCAUUAUUCCUCCUCCACCAAACUUUACAGUUGGCACUAUGCAUUUGGGGCAGGUAGCGUUCUCCUGGCAUCCGCCAAACCCAGAUUCGUCCGUGGGACUGCCAGAUGGUGGAGCGUGAUUCAUCACUCCAGAGAACGCGUUUCCACUGCUCCAGAGUACAAUGGCGGUGAGCUUUACACCACUCCAGCCGAUGCUUGGCAUUGCACAUGGUGAUCUAAGGCUUGUGUAUGGCUGCUCGGCCAUGGAAACCCAUUUCAUGAAGCUCCCGGCGAACAGUUCUUGUGCUGACGGUGCUUCCAGAGGCAGUUUGGAACUCGGUAGUGAGUGUUGCAACCGAGGACAGGCGAUUUGUACGCGCUUCAGCACUCUGUAGUAUUGACGGUAUUAAAGAACCAUCCGGUGGCUUUUUCCAAAUACCCCUAUAUACGGUAUACUGCCCAAGCCUAUUAAUUAUGUUCUGCAAGCAUGAUUGUGUGGAAUCCAGAGUCUAGUCUACAGUGGGGAGAACAAGUAUUUGAUACACUGCCGAUUUUGCAGGUUUUCCUACUUACAAAGCAUGUAGAGGUCUGUAAUUUUUAUCAUAGGUACACUUCAACUGUGAGAGACGGAAUCUAAAACAAAAAUCCAGAAAAUCACAUUAUGAUUUUUAAGAAAUUAAUUUGCAUUUUAUUGCAUGACAUAAGUAUUUGAUCACCUACCAACCAGUACGAAUUCCGGCUCUCACAGACCUGUUAGUUUUUCUUUAAGAAGCCCUCCUGUUCUCCACUCAUUACCUGUAUUAACUGCACCUGUUUGAACUCGUUACCUGUAUAAAAGACACCUGUCCACACACUCAAUCAAACAGACUCCAACCUCUCCACAAUGGCCAAGACCAGAGAGCUGUGUAAGGACAUCAGGGAUAAAAUUGUAGACCUGCACAAGGCUGGGAUGGGCUACAGGACAAUAGGCAAGCAGCUUGGUGAGAAGGCAACAACUGUUGGCGCAAUUAUUAGAAAAUUGAAGAAGUUCAAGAUGACGGUCAAUCACCCUCGGUCUGGGGCUCCAUGCAAGAUCUCACCUCAUGGGGCAUCAAUGAUCAUGAGGAAGGUGAGGGAUCAGCCCCGAACUACACGGCAGGACCUGGUCAAUGACCUGAAGAGAGCUGGGACCACAGUCUCAAAGAAAACCAUUAGUAACACACUACGCCGUCAUGGAUUAAAAUCCUGCAGCGCAUGCAAGGUCCCCCUGCUCAAGCCAGCGCAUUUCCAGGCCCGUCUGAAGUUUGCCAAUGACCAUCUGGAUGAUCCAGAGGAGGAAUGGGAGAAGGUCAUGUGGUCUGAUGAGACAAAAAUAUAGCUUUUUGGUCUAAACUCCACUCGCCGUGUUUGGAGGAAGAAGAAGGAUGAGUACAACCCCAAGAACACCAUCCCAACCGUGAAGCAUGGAGGUGGAAACAUCAUUCUUUGGGGAUGCUUUUCUGCAAAGGGGACAGGACGACUGCACCGUAUUGAGGGGAGGAUGGAUGGGGCCAUGUAUCGUGAGAUCUUGGCCAACAACCUCCUUCCCUCAGUAAGAGCAUUGAAGAUGGGUCGUGGCUGGGUCUUCCAGCAUGACAACGACCCGAAACACACAGCCAGGGCAACUAAGGAGUGGCUCUGUAAGAAGCAUCUCAAGGUCCUGGAGUGGCCUAGCCAGUCUCCAGACCUGAACCCAAUAGAAAAUCUUUGGAGGGAGCUGAAAGUCCGUAUUGCCCAGCGACAGCCCCGAAACCUGAAGGAUCUGGAGAAGGUCUGUAUGGAGGAGUGGGCCAAAAUCCCUGCUGCAGUGUGUGCAAACCUGGUCAAGACCUACAGGAAACGUAUGAUCUCUGUAAUUGCGAACAAAGGUUUCUGUACCAAAUAUUAAGUUCUGCUUUUCUGAUGUAUCAAAUACUUAUGUCAUGCAAUAAAAUGCAAAUUAAUUACUUAAAAAUCAUACAAUGUGAUUUUCUGGUAUUUUUGUUUUAGAUUCCGUCUCUCACAGUUGAAGUGUACCUAUGAUAAAAAUUACAGACCUACAUGCUUUGUAAGUAGGAAAACCUGCAAAAUCGGCAGUGUAUCAAAUACUUGUUCUCCCCACUGUAGGUCUUCGGUGAGCAAUCAUUUGUAAAAACUCAAGAGUCUGGAUAGUUGUAACGAAGAAAACACUUUCUCUCAGGGAAAACCGUGUUGAUUUUUGAUUGUAAUUGUAUUAAUAGUUGUGAGUAUUUUGUCAGCCCAAGCCUUCAUGGGUGAACUCUUUUAUGGAAGGAGAAUUUGAUUAUUCCGGUUUAGCUUUUUGGAUGGCGCAGAGUGGGAACAGUACAGGGCGGCAGGUAGCCUAGCGGUUAAGAGCGUAAGGCCAGUAACUGAAAGGUCGCUAGUUCGAAUCCCCGAGCCUACUAGGUGAAAAAUCUCUGUGCCCUUGAGAAAGGCACUUAACAUGUAAAUGUAUGCAGCUGAAGUAGCCUACCUUAUAGACAGACAUGUUUACUGCAUUCCUCUACCCCCUCAACAUGGGAGGGGUGGAGGUGCCUGAGCUAAGUACUUAUCCAUGAGAUGGAUAGAGAUCACUAGGGCCUACAUAUCAGCAAAUGUUGGUGGUGGGAACGUGAAAGUGUGUGGAAUGGGUUGCUGGUAUUCUGUUAUCUCUGGUUGGUAUUUGUUGGUGCCCUUGAAUAGUGAGACAAAUAUUUCAAUGUAAAGGGUGACUAUCGCCAAAAUAUUUACAGCUGGCUCAUUCCUGAGUUGUGACUUCUCACCACUACCCCCCCCCCCAGCAUUUUAAAAGAACACGAGACAAGAACCAGACAUCAUGGGAGUAGAAAUAGAAUCCUACCAUCUGCACUUAAUCUGACUCUAUUCAGGCCUGCCAAUAGUGACAUCCUUCAAGUGGGGUUAUCAAUAAUUCAUUUGAACAUACUGUAGUAGCGUAAUAUCCAAGCAGACACGUGCUGAUGUGGAGUGGUCAGUGAGGCAGCAGCGCUCUAGUCUCUUUCUCUCGUUCUCUCUCUCAGCUCAGUUUCCAGCCAAGUUAGUCACAGAAUAAGUCAUCUGUCAUGGUAGAGUGACACUAUCUCCUGUUCCCUCCCACUGCGACAAGGACUCAAAUGCUCAGCAGUCAGGACAAGGCCUACAUUGACAGGACUAAUACUGGUGUCCUCUUCUCCUCCAGACCCGCUAAGAGGUCAUGGAGGAUCAUAGUGUUACAGAGAGGGUUGCUCAUAAGGGAAGUAGUGUAAUGGCAUCCACUUACUGUUAUUUCCCCUUCUGCCUCUCAUGGUCUGACCGGUUCAGGACUUCUGUUCCCUGUGUCUCUCUCUCUAAUGUACCAACCUCUUUUGACAUGUUUGUCUGUACAGGACCCACAUCUCUUGACUGACCACUUCGGGCCAUUUCAUCAACAUGGCAGGAAAGAUCUCCAAAGACGAGCUGGAGGAGCUGCGAGAGGCGUUUGGCAAAAUUGGUGAGUAGGCAACAUCUGUGAUUUUACAGUUGAUUGAUUUGCUACAUUAGUACGAUCAGUAUGGCUUGUUUCAUAAUACAUGUUUGUUACAUUACACAUACAGUUGAAGUCAAAGUUUACAUACACUUAGGUUGGAGUAAUUUAAAACUCGUUUUUCAACCACUCCACAAAUUUCUUGUUAACAAACUAUCGUUUUGGCAAGUCAGUUAGGACAUCUACUUUGUGCAUGACACAAGUAAUUUUUCCAACAAUUGUUUACAGACAGAUUAUUUCACUUAUAAUUCACUGUAUCAUAAUUCCAGUGGGUCAGAAGUUUACAUACACUAAGUUGACUGUGCCUUUAAACAGCUUGGAAAAUUCCAGGAAAUGAUGUCAUGGCUUUAGAAGCUUCUGAUAGGCUAAUUGACAUAAUUUGAGUCAAUUGGAGGUGUACCUGUGGAUGUAUUUCAAGGCCUACCUUCAAACUCAGUGCCUCUUUGCUUGACAUCAUGGGAAAAUCAAAAGAAAUCAGCCAAGACUUCAGAAAAAAAAAAAUUGUAGACCUUCACAAGUCUGGUUCAUCCUUGGGAGCAAUUUCCAAAUGCCUGAAGCUACCACGUUCAUCUGUACAAACAAUAGUGCGCAAGUAUAAACACCAUGGGACCACGCAGCUGUCAUACCGCUCAGGAAGGAGACGCUUUGGUACUUUGGUGCGAAAAGUGCAAAUCAAUCCCAGAACAACAGCAAAGGACCUUGUGAGGAUGCUGAAGGAAACAGGGACAAAAGUAUCUAUAUCCACAGUAAAACAAGUCCUAUAUCGACAUCACCUGAACGGCCGCUCAGCAAGGAAGAAGCCACUGCUCCAAAACCGCCAUAAAAAAGCCAGACUACGGUUUGCAACUGCACAUGGGGACAAAGAUCGUACUUUUUGGAGAAAUGUUCUUUGGUCUGAUGAAACAAAAAUAGAAUUGUUUGGCCAUAAUGACCAUCGUUAUGUUUGGAGGAAAAAGGCGGUUGCUUGCAAGCCGAAGAACACCGUCCCAACCGUGAAGCACGGGGGUGGCAGCAUCAUGCUGUGGGGUUGCUUUGCUGCAGGAGGGACUGGUGCACUUCACAAUAUAGAUGGCAUCAUGAGGAAGGAAAAUUAGGUGGAUAUAUUGAAGCAACAUUACAUUUACAUUUUAGUCAUUUAGCAGACUCUCUUAUCCAGAGCGACUUACAGGAGCAAUUAGGGUUAAGUGCCUUGCUUAAGGGCACAUCGACAGAUUUUUCACCUAGUCGGCUCGGGGAUUAGAACCAGCGACCUUUCGGUUACUGGCACAACGCUCUUACCCACAACGCUCUUACCCACUAAGCUACAUCUCAAGACAUCAGUCACUAAGUUAAAGCUUGGUUGCAAAUGGGUCUUCCAAAUGGACAAUGACCCCAAGCAUACUUCCAAAGUUGUGGCAAAAUGGCUUAAGGACAACAAAGUCAAGGUAUUGGAGUAGCCAUCACAAAGCCCUCACCUCAAUCCUAUAGAAAAUGUGUGGGCAGAACUGAUAAAGCAUGUGAGAGUAAGGAGGCCUACAAACCUGACAGUUACACCAGCUCUGUCAGGAGGAAUGGGCCAAAAUUCACUCAACUUAUUGUAGGAAGCUUGUGGAAGGCUACCCGAAACGUUUGACCCAAGUUAAACAAUUUAAAGGCAAUGCUACCAAAUACUAAUUGAGUGUAUGUAAACUUCUGACCCACUGGGAAUGUGCUGAAAUAAAUAAUUAUCUCUACUAUUAUUCUGACAUUUCACAUUCUUAAAAUAAAGUGGUGAACCUAACUGACCUAAAACAGGGAAUUUGUACUAGGAUUAAAUGUCAGGAAUUGUGAAAAACUGAGUUUAAAUGUAUUCGGCUAAGGUGUAUGUAAACUUCCGACUUCAACUGUAGGCUACAAGUCUACAGCUGCUUCAUUGUACUGUCCUGACUUUUUAGUUAUUGAUGUUCACUUCUCGUCCCUUUUUUUUGUAUUGUUUGCGAACCAGCCCAGGGAUUCUAACAACAAAGUAUUGUGUGUUAGCUGAAACUUAUUUAGAAAAUAUGCUCAAACUGCGGUCUGUCUGUGCUUUUGUAGACCUCGAUGGUAAUGGCUCCAUCUGCGACUAUGAGCUCCAUGAACUGUUCAAGGAGGCCAACCUUCCCCUGCCUGGCUACAAAGUCAGGGAAAUCAUUCAGAAGCUGGAUCGCAACAAGGACAACAAGAUCAGCUUUGACGAGUUUCUGUCUGUGAGUAAUGUUUGACAGUUGUGUGUUAGUCAUCCUAAGGGAGUUGGGUUUCAGCAAGUCAGGUUUGGCCAGUCAUCCUCAGGGAGUUGGUGUCAGCAAGUCAGGUUUGGCGAGUUUGGUCCAGUUGGUGAGGGAGUUGUUGUUGGGAGUUCUGCCUAUCCCUUACUGACUAAGGGGACCAUCUUUUGUCUCCUUUGUGAAAUCAAGUUCCCUUUGAAAUUUGUAUGAACUAGCUCUUUAACAUGUCAAUUGGGUGUCCACUAAAGCGUGCACACACACACAGGAAUGAGGAAAUGAGGUCAGAUGGUGGUGUGAGUUCCCGUAUUUCGUUUCACCCAUGAUGAGAGAACAGUCAUUUAUUGGCCUGUGCUAGUCUCCAUUUAGAGUAAUGAUUUGACCACUGGCAUCCCAAAAGAAAAAAAAUCAUUAGUAAUCUCUAUUUUAGGCAAUUUCUCAUAGCUCACUGAUGAGAGGGAACUUUUUUUUAGGGGGGGGGGGGGGUGCAUUUUUACAUCAGCCUUUUUUGUAUGGGAUAGCUGCAGUUAUGUUUUUUUGUAUGUGUCAGAAAGAGCGGGGGUUGUGCCAUUAUUUUUACAGUUGCUAUAAUUGAUUACAUAAUAUUUUUUUACUGGAAAAAGUCCAUGUCUCUGUUUUCAUUUAAAAUAUGGUGGGUACAGUAUGUUGAGAUCAAGAUAAUAGUAAACCAUAUCCAUUCAUCGAAGGCAAAUGAAAUCACAACAGACAAAGGCAUUAUUUAUAAAGGUAAAUGCAUACUAUUGUGUUUUCCAUGGACCUCUAUCUACAGUGCAUGAGAAGUGUAGGCUAACACCACUUGAUUCUAUGUUUGUUUGUGGUGGUCAGGUCUGUGGUGUACACUUCUAACAUGUCACUCAAUCACAGGCUGAGAUGUUGGUGAUGACCACAUAAACAAUACUUAGGUCAGCAGGUGCAGGGCUCUAUGCUGACCUUUUUUAUAAGGAGCAGGUGUGCUCCUAAGUUGAAAAAUGUAGGAGCACACAUAGACAUUUAGGAGCACAAUGAAAAAUAUUUGCGUUAAUUAAGCUAGAAUCUUAAAUUUUUCUAGGCGCACUGGUGCUCAUAAAUAAAAAAUUCCAGGUCGCACAGCAAAAUGCAGUGUAGAGCCCUGAGGUGUCCGGUCAGAGAUAAUACUGAGACAAUGUUAGGGCCUGUGAAUAAAUACAAAUACCUACUUGACUAAAGUCUUUGGCUCCUGUAUUGAUUUUAGGCCAUUGACAAAUGUCUUCCUAACCCAACCUAUAUCCUCUCAUAUCCUUAUUGCACAAAACAUUUCCCCUGGCCAUUCAGCAUACAGUAUCCUGUAACAUGUUGUUGAAUUCGACAGGAGGAUAAAAACGUUUGGUUCACAGCGAGGCGCUUGGCUUCCUGGUAAACACUGGUGUUUUUGUUGCUUUACUGCCCCUCCCCAGUAAGAACCUUAAUGAAUUACCAUAGCAGGCUUACACUGAUUUCUCUUGUAAUAAUGUGCUUAUUAUAAUAACUGAGCAUAAUGUAAGCAGAAAUGUAUUAGGAUCUUGAAGAGGUCUGCCGUUGGAGCUAAAAUGCAGUUUGCCCUCUCUACUGCAGAUCUUCCAGGAGUUGAAGAGCAGUGACAUUGCCAAAAGCUUCCGGAAGGCCAUUAACAGGAAGGAGGGGAUCCUGGCCAUUGGGGGAACAUCUACGCAGUCCAGCGAGGGCACGCAACACUCCUUUUCUGGUGAGCUGCUCACAUUCUCCUUCCACUUCUACUAAUAUUGGUGGGAUUGCAUUACAGUAUGUUGUACUGUGUAUAUACACUGAGUGUACAAAACAUUAAGAACAUGUUUCCAUGACAUAGACUGACCAGGUGAAAGCUAUGAUCCCUUAUUGAUGUCACUUGUUAAAUCCACUUCAAUCAGUGUAGAUGAAGGGGAGGAGACAGAUUAAAUAAUGAUUUUUAAGCCUUGAGACAACUGAGACAUGGAUUGUGUAUGUGUGCCAUUCAGAGGGUGAAUGGCCAAGACAAAAGAUUUUGAACGGGGUGUGGUAGUAGGUGCCAGGCACACCGGUUUGUGUCAAGAACUGGAACACUGCUGGGUUUUUCACGCUCAACAGUUUCCCGUGUAUAUAAAGAAUGGUCCACCACCCAAAGGAAAUCCAGCUGACUUGACACAACUGUGGGAAGUAUUGGAGUCAACAUGGGCCAGCAUCCCUGUGGAACGCUUUCAACACCUUGUAGAGUCCAUGCCCUGACGAAUUGAGGCUGUUCUGAGGGCAAAAGGGGGGGGGGUGCAACUCAGUAUUAGGAAGGUGUUCUUAAUGUUUUGUACACUCAGUGUAUAGCCCUUUGAUUUAAUCUAAGGGAACCUUUCUCAUGAAUUUUGGUAGAUGCUCCAUCUGUCUCUCCAAUCUCAUAGUGGAUUGAUUACCUAGGGGCCCUAGUCAAUCGAAACCAAUAACUGGGUUUCCGGAUGUUAUACAUAACAUUAUUCCUGUGUAGUGAGAGAACGUGUAUAAAGUUGUGUUGGCUGAGGGUUUCCUUGUGCUGCCCUUUGCAGAGGAGGAGCGGUACGCGUUUGUCAACUGGAUCAACACAGCACUGGAGAAUGACCCUGACUGCAAGCACGCCCUGCCAAUGGACCCCAACUCAGACUCCCUCUUCAAGGCCAUGGGAGAUGGCAUCGUUCUCUGGUGAGACAUAGAGAUUUAUAUAAUUAUGUUCUGUAUAAUUCUGCCCUUACAGACCCUAACACAGCUAAUUUUCCUUACACGUGGUUGGUUGAAAUGGGGCAUAUCUGCGUCUCCCAACAUUAGGACCCCUCAUAAACGAGCUGUGCUUGUUUUUAUGUGCUCCUGUAGUAAAAUGAUCAACCUGUCGGUGCCAGACACGAUUGACGAGAGGACCAUAAACAAGAAGAAGCUGACACCGUUCACAAUACAGGUCCGUACAAACUCAACCAAACUGGUCAUACACUGUAGUUAACUGAGUGGUGAUUCUUAGGCUGCGUUUAAACAUACAGCCCAAUUCUGAUAUUUCUUUCACUAAUUGGACUUUUGACCAAUCAGAUCAGCUCUGAAAAAGAUCCUAUGUGAUGGUCAAAAUAACAAUUUGUGGAAAAAAUGAGAAUUGGCCUGCCUGUGUAAACGCAGCCUUAGAGAUGUAAUGAUUGUUAGCGAUUUAGCCAAUCCACCCCAUGCUGUUCUGAGUAAGGAAAGCUAUUGUAUAGAUAUAAUUUCUGUCAUCUCUAUUUAUGUUUCAUGUACAUAUGUGGGUGGACCUGUUUGUUUCUCUCUUUCCUGUAAGGGACUUCAAAGCUGUUUUGUUUCUGCGUCCUGCAGGAAAAUCUGAACCUGGCUCUGAACUCGGCCUCUGCCAUUGGCUGCCACGUGGUGAACAUCGGGGCUCUGGACCUGAGGGAGGGGAAGCCCCACCUGGUGCUGGGCCUGCUGUGGCAGAUCAUCAAGAUCGGCCUUUUUGCUGACAUCGAGCUCAGCAGAAAUGAAGGUGAGGGACUUUCACAGCGCAAUCACAGUCUUGGUGACUCAUGAACCUGUAUCGAACCGUCGUGUUAUUCCUCAUCACAGUACAUUUACUCAUAUAUCACAACAUUAUGACGUCGAGCUAGUUUGUCCUCAGUGUUCGAGUGGCUUUUCCUGGUUAAAGACCUCUCUGGUCAGUGAGUGCUGAGGUGCUGUAGCUGACCGAAUGUCCUGUGACCUCCUCCAGCCCUGGCUGCUCUGCUGAGAGAUGGAGAGACCCUGGAGGACUUGAUGAAGCUGUCUCCAGAGGAGCUGCUGUUGCGCUGGGCUAACUUUCACCUGGAGAGCGCUGGCUGGCAGAAGAUCAAUAACUUCAGCUCCGACAUCAAGGUAUGGCUGUACGGUCCAUGUAUGUUUGGUUCGUGUUCACUCUAUCUGUAUGGUUAAUGAAGUUGAACAGUGUAAUAGUAUUCUGUUGUCCUCACAAAGAAGUGGUGGAACUAUAGCUAAAUAAAAGGAUGAUUAAUAAGACAAGGCUUCAACCAAAUCUGGACUCUGGAUUCUAUUCUUUCAAAGCGAACAAUUCUUUGCUCUGAUGAUAUCUGGUUUUUAUGCCUGUGCUUUAUGAUAUUUCUGACUGACUGUAUCUUUUCUUUAGCUGACAGACCUUUCAACCUGUAAAGGUACUUCAUAGAUCAACUUCCUUAGUGUAUAGGAAUUGACAAUAGCUUCAUACAUGUGUCAUCAAGAUCAUUGUACAGUAUUAAUAUUUUCAUUUUUCGUCAUUGCAUACCUGUCCGUUGUGUCCUGUGUCGUCUUGUGUUCCCAUGUGGCCUGCACAACUUUGUAUCCCAGUGUUGUUGUGUAUCUUUCCAAUGCUGAGGUUCAAACGAGAUGUCUGUCUCUAUGUUUCAGGACUCCAGAGCCUAUUUCCACCUCCUCAACCAAAUCUCACCCAAAGGCACCGAGGAAGACCAGCCACACAUAGACAUCAGCAUGGCAGGCUUCGGUGUAAGCACCUUCACAGAGAAUAUACAAAUGCCAUAUACAGAGAAUCAAUUGUGUUCGGUUAAUAUACGUACAUUCAGAAGGGAUAAAUAAAAUAUGUCCCUGGCAUGAAACUGUGGCGUGUCUAUGACCUGUAGGAGAAGGAUGACCUGAAAAGGGCAGAGAACAUGCUUCAGCAGGCUGACAGGCUGGGCUGUCGACAGUUUGUCACCCCAGCCGACGUCGUCUCCGGCAACCCCAAACUCAACCUGGCCUUUGUGGCCAAUCUCUUCAACAAGUACCCGUCUCUCACCAAGCCUGAGGGAGAGGACAUCGACUGGGGGCUGCUAGAAGGUGAGUGCUGAGCUAGAAGUCUGUUGGUUAUGAUUGCUGGGUGGAUUCUGGCCAGUGUACAUUGUAUUUCCUGAGACCAUAAAAUCACCCAACAUCUUUUCUGUUUAGGUGAGACACGAGAAGAAAGAACAUUCCGGAACUGGAUGAAUUCCCUGGGUGUGAACCCACAUGUCAAUCAUCUGUAUGGGUAUGUACCAAAUGCAGCUAAUUAUUUACAUUGAAAAUUAACAUGCCAAUACCUUACUGCUCCCUACCAGUGGUAUUCAUACACAGGGUCAGGUUUGUUUAGAUUUGUUAUCAAUGAGUAACCUAUAUAACCAUUAUCUUUCCUCUAUAGAGACCUAGCGGACGCCUUGGUCAUCCUCCAACUUUAUGAAAAGAUAAAAGUGCCCGUCGACUGGACCAACAAAGUCAACAAACCACCAUAUCCCAAGAUUGGGACAAACAUGAAAAAGGUUAACUAUAUUCUCAAAUAAAAUAUAUGUUCCUCCUAUAAUUUUUACUUUGAAAAAAGGCAGAAUUGACUGUUUCUGUCUUUAACUAUUCAGAAGCACAUAGAUCAAAAUAAUACAGUUCCUGUUCUGGAGAGAGACUAAAGACAUGUUUCUCUUGACUCCUACUGUGUUUUGUCUGCUCAGUUGGAGAACUGCAACUAUGCGGUGGAGCUGGGGAAGACGACGGCGAAGUUCUCUCUGGUUGGCAUCGGUGGGCAGGACCUGAACGAUGGCAACGCCACCCUGACGCUGGCCCUGGUGUGGCAGCUGAUGAGGAGGUGAGUCCUGGCACAUGCUUAGAUCAAUAUGUAACAUACAUACAGUGGGGAUGUUGGGGGGGAGGGGGGGGGUAUGGGAUGGACCACGGGAAUUAUUUGCUAGGAUAAUAAUUGCUUGUCAAUGAAUUUUAAUGUAAUACAAUGGCAAUCCGGUUAUAUGUUAAAAUCCUACGUGUGAACUGCCGACAUUAUUACGCAUAUUAAUUGAUAUUGAUGUAAAAUAGGAUAUGCAUAAUUUAAAAAAAAUAGUUAUAUAGAUAUAUAUAUAUAUAUAUAUAAAGGUGAAAGCAAUGGAAAUGCUUUUGGCGGUUAAUCUGCUUCUGUUUUGUGGGUGGCACUGUGUGCUGUUUUCGAUGGAUGGGUCCUGGCCUCUCGGGGCCUUAGGGAUCCGGAGGGACGUGGGUGGGAUGCUGAUCACUGGGAUGACGGCUCAACUUGGGAUGGGGAGGGGCUUUAGCGGGGGAAUUAGUGGAGAACAAUUGAAGGGUUACUCCGUAGCAUACCAGUCGAGGUAUACCAAACCUUUUUUGGUAUACUAAGAGGACCGUUAUUAGCAUGUUUUAACCACUCCUAUGUAAAUGGUAGAUUAUCUGACACUCAAGAAGAAGGUCUGAUCUCAUUAUUACUGAAACAGGAUACAAGUGGAAAAUCUAAAGAUCCAGUCCAUUUACAAAAUUGGAGGCCCCUUACGCAAAAAUUCUAGCAAAAUGUAUAGCGCAUAGAAUUAAAAAGGUAUUGUCGGAUAUUAUUCAUUCUAAUCAGACAGGUUUUUGCUUAUGGUCUUGCCUACGCCUAGCGAACAGUUUUUUUUAAAUUAUAUGAGAAAAAUAUUCAAUUUUAUUUGGAACGGCAAGCCAGACAAAAUUAAAAGGGCAUAUUUAUAUAAUGAAUAUGAAUUCGGAGUACAGAAAUUAUUAAAUAUUAAAGCAUUAGACCUAUAACUAAAAGCUUCAGUCAUACAAAAGUUAUACUUAAAUCCGAACUGGUUCUCAAGCAAAUUAGUAAGAUUGUCUCACCCAAUGUUCAAGAAAGGCCUUUUUCCCUUUAUUCAGAUUACAACAACUCAUUUGCAGUUAUUUGAAAAGGAAAUCAUCUCCCAAAUAUCACUAUUUCUAAAACAAGCCAUAGAAAGUUGGUUGCAAUUUCAAUUUAAUCCUCCAGAAACGACAGAACAAAUAAUGCAACAAAUAUUGUGGUUAAAUUCAAAUAUACUAAUUGACCAAAAAACUGUAUUUUUUGACAGAAUGUUUAAAAAAGGUAUAAUCUUCGUAAAUAAUAUCAUCGGUAGGACUGGUGGAGUUAUGUCGCACAUGCAGCUAACAAAAACAUGGAAAUGUCUGCUCUACCCAAAAUUACAACCAAAUAAUUGCAGCCUUACCGCAAAAGUGGAAGAGGAAAGUGGAAGGGGGAGAAAGUAAGGAACUUGUCUGUCGGCCUUGCAUUAAAGAACAUAAUUGGUUAAGGAAAACAGUGAUAAAUAAAGUAUAUCAGUUUCACUUAAGGACCAAAGGAUUGACAGCCGUCCCAUAUAGAUUGCAAAAUAGUUAGGAAGAGAUUUUUGACGUACCGAUCCCAUGGCAUAGUGUUUAUGAACUGACACGCAAAACGACACCGGAUUCAAAAAUUUGAAUCUUUCAAUUUAAAUUAUUAUAUAAAAUUCUUGCUACCAAUAUAAUAUUAUUUAUAUGGGGGAUACAAUCUUCCCAGCUCUGCAGAUUUUGCUGUGAAGAGACAGAAUCAUUAGAUCAUUUGUUUUGGUUCAUUUGUAGCUUGUUUUUAGACACAGGUCCAGGAAUGGCUAAAGGAUUGCAAUAUUUACCUGGAGCUAACCUUGCAGAUAGCAUUACUGGGUGAUCUGAAAAGUCAUAGUCAAUCGAUCAAUAAUAUGAUAAUACUUUUAGCAAAAAUGUUUAUUUUUAAUUCACAAUCUGUAGAAGCAAUGAGAAUAGAAAGGUUCAGAACUUUUGUAAAACAUCACAGUACGGUUGAAAUAUAUAUGGCAAAUAGAAAUCCUAUAUGGAUGGUGUUAAGAGAUACAGUGAGGGGUAAAAAGUAUUUGAUCCCCUGCUGAUUUUGUACGUUUGCCCACUGACAAAGAAAUGAUCAGUCUAUAAUUUUAAUGGUAGGUUUAUCUGAACAGUGAGAGACAGAAUAACAACAAAAAAAUCCAAAAAAAUGCAUGUCAAAAAUGUUAUAAAUUGAUUUGCAUUUUAAUGAGGGAAAUAAGUAUUUGACCUCUCUGCAAAACAUGACUUAGUACUUGGUGGCAAAACCCUUGUUGGCAAUCACAGAGGUCAGACGUUUCUUGUAGUUGGCCACCAGGUUUGCACACAUCUCAGGAGGGAUUUUGUCCCACUCCUCUUUGCAGAUCUUCUCCAAGUCAUUAAGGUUUCGAGCCUAACGUUUGGCAACUCGAACAUUCAGCUCCCUCCACAGAUUUUCUAUGGGAUUAAGGUCUGGAGACUGGCUAGGCCACUCCAGGACCUUAAUGUGCUUCUUCUUGAGCCACUCCUUUGUUGCCUUGGCCGUGUGUUUUGGGUCAUUGUCAUGCUGGAAUACCCAUCCACGACCCAUUUUCAAUGCCCUGGCUGAGGGAAGGAGGUUCUCACCCAAGAUUUGACAGUACAUGGCCCCGUCCAUCGUCCCUUUGAUGCGGUGAAGUUGUCCUGUCCCCUUAGCAGAAAAACAUCCGCAAAGCAUAAUGUUUCCACCUCCAUGUUUGACGGUGGGGAUGGUGUUCUUGGGGUCAUAGGCAGCAUUCCUCCUCCUCCAAACACGGCGAGUUGAGUUGAUGCCAAAGAGCUCGAUUUUGGUCUCAUCUGACCACAACACUUUCACCCAGUUCUCCUCUGAAUCAUUCAGAUGUUCAUUGGCAAACUUCAGACGGGCCUGUAUAUGUGCUUUCUUGAGCAGGGGGACCUUGCGGGCGCUGCAGGAUUUCAGUCCUUCACAGCGUAGUGUGUUACCAAUUGUUUUCUUGGUGACUAUGGUCCCAGCUGCCUUGAGAUCAUUGACAAGAUCCUCCCAUGUAGUUCUGGGCUGAUUCCUCACCGUUCUCAUGAUCAUUGCAACUCCACGAGGUGAGAUCUUGCAUGGAGCCCCAGGCCGAGGGAGAUUGAAAGUUAUUUUGUGUUUCUUCCAUUUGCGAAUAAUCGCACCAACUGUUGUCACCUUCUCACCAAGCUGCUUGGCGAUGGUCUUGUAGCCAUUCCAGCCUUGUGUAGGUCUACAAUCUUGUCCCUGACAUCCUUGGAGAGCUCUUUGGUCUUGGCCAUGGUGGAGAGUUUGGAAUCUGAUUGAUUGAUUGCUUCUGUGGACAGGUGUCUUUUAUACAGGUAACAAGCUGAGAUUAGGAGCACUCCCUUUAAGAGUGUGCUUCUAAUCUCAGCUCGUUACCUGUAUAAAAGACACCUGGGAGCCAGAAAUCUUUCUGAUUGAGAGGGGGUCAAAUACUUAUUUCCCUCAUUAAAAUGCAAAUCAAUUUAUAACAUUUUUGACAUGCAUUUUUUUGGAUUUUUUUGUUGUUAUUCUGUCUCUCACUGUUCAGAUAAACCUACCAUUAAAAUUAUAGACUGAUCAUUUCUUUGUCAGUGGGCAAACGUACAAAAUCAGCAGGGGAUCAAAUACUUUUUUCCCUCACUGUAGAUGGGAGGUAUUGAAUAGAGUUGAAGGAUGGGACUAAUAACAAAUAACAACAAAUAAUAACAAAGAUAGCUAAUAAUGUAAGCAUACUGUGUCCAUAGUUAGUAUAUAGGUUGAAUGUUGGGAGCUUUUGGGAAAGAGCACAGUUAGAAAGAUAUGGCAUAUAGAAGCAAACCGGAUGGACAUCAUGAAAAUGAUCGGAGAGGUUGAGAGUAGAAGUAGUUCAGGAGCAAAAAUAAAUAAAUAUAUAUAUAAUAGAAUUAUUGUAAAAUUAACUGUGUCCAUAAGGUGUAGAUAGUAAGUAUAGACCGGAAGUAGAGGCCUGGGCAUUGUUGUUCACUAAUUUCCUCCAAGUAGGGAAAGGAUGGCGGGGUUGAAAAGUAAUAAAGGGGAGUAUAUAUAUAAAAAACAUGGGGGAUUGGAAGUGAUGCAGACAAUUACAUUGAUAGAAGAUACAAUCUAUCUGCAAUAUUAAGCUGAUCCAUCCAUCCCCCCCCCAAAAAAUAAAAUAAAAAAUAAUAAUAAUAAUAUGUAACAUACCUUUUAGAACCAGGGAAAACAUUUCUGUUUUCACAUUGUGUUUUCACAACUGCAAAAUAUGUAGCUGUUACUUUCAAGAUGUUUAUGGAAAAACAUAAGAGCGCACAGGUAAAUAAAGAGUAAGGGUAAGCGCUGAAAGGAAAUGUUACUCUAAUUUACCCUUCGCUAACCCCCACCCCCCUUGGUUACUGUUGCAACCUCGGACAACAUUUUCCCAGGAAGCUCCAUUUCCCAUUCAAACUACUGGAGAAAACCCCUCACAACAAUUUCAAACUGUUUUUAAUACACAAUAAAAUUAAACCCAGACUAUCCCUUGCUAAUUAGGAGACUAUUGAGUAUGUUGUGGUGGACUGUCAUUACAAUUGCUUCACGGUAACCUGUUACAAUGAAGUUUGUAGUGUGGCUAGCCACUGGAUGGCUCUGAAUGCACUGUCACGCAGUCAAAGUUACUAAUAAUCACUUAGAGCUAAUUAAUACACUCAAGUCGUAUCCUGAUGUCGACAGCAGAUUAUAGUUGUGUUCAUAAUAUAGCUAACUUAGCUAACAUGCAUUUUGAGAAGUUGAAUUAACUGGUUAGCUAGCUUUAGCAAGGUUUGGUGGUCAAUGAGACUGAGAGCUAGCUAACCAGCUGAGCUAGAAAACAAUGUAACAAAAGUGUAAUUUCGGAUUCGUAAAAUACUUCAACAGGCUCUUCAUUUCAGAAAUCACAGUAGCAAGUUUAUUUAUUUUUAUUUAUUUAACCUUUAUUUAACCAGGUAAGCCAGUUGAGAACAAGUUCUAAUUUACAACUGCGACCUGGCCAAGAUAAAGCAAAGCAGUGCGAUAAAAAACAACAACACAGUUACAUAUGGGGUAAACAAAACAUAAAGUACCCCUCGUGCACUGUUAUUUAGCCAUUUUAAACAAUUCAGCUACUUUUUGGAAAGCUCUCAUUGGCUUUCGUUUGAAACGUGAGCUUAACCGAGGUGUCGGUCUCAACAACAGUUGCUAUCCAUUGGUGCGAUUGGUUGACCAAAAUUCUGGGGCAGGGCUUAGCGAAGGGUCAAUUGUCUUGUAUUCAUCAGUCAUAUUCGGACAAAAUAUUUGGACAAUCUUUGUUUCCUGAAACCCAAAAUAUGCAGCUCCAAUGUAGCUUUGCAUUGUUACUUCAAUACCCACAAGUCGUUGUUUUCUCAAUUGUUCUGCUAGGCGUGGUCAUAGGUUGAAGUGGGUGGCGCAUGUGGACCAACUAGAAUUCCCAGUUUGUCCUGGUACAGUGCUAGUAUCUGUGGCGUCACUGUUGUCAACAAUAUUUAUGACAUGCUCUCACUCGAUUGCUUCUCAGUAAAUCAGGGUCGUAAAAGAAGAGGUGAGGCAGCAUAGGAGCAAAUGUUUUGUAAACCUGGCCCUCAGGCAACUGCACUGGAAUAUUAAAUUGUUGAUGUUAAUUCUUAAGCAGAUCUUGAUGAAUAAGUGGAUUGUUUUUGGUUUACUCUUGACUGGCCAUCAGUGAUUCCAUGCUGACCAUUGCAGACUGCCGAGUGCCCCAGAAACUGAUCAAUAUGCGAGCUAACUCUUGACAUCUCUCCUAGAUAUACGCUGAAUGUACUGGAGGACUUGGGAGAUGGACAAAAAGCAAAUGAUGACAUCAUUGUUAAAUGGGUCAAUACAACCUUGUCAGAGGCAGGGAAAACAACCAAGAUCUCAAGCUUCAAGGUUUGUCAAGCUUUGACAUAUUUAGGUUGUUUUGUAUUUUUGUUAGUUAUAUGACAUAGAAAAUGUUGUUUCCAUCUAUGUUCUGUAGUGAUAAUGCAGUCACUACAUCGAAUCCUCCAAUCAGCAGACCUAAUCUGUGGCAUGCCACAAAUUCUGACACUGUACUUUAGCUGAUUUGUGAAGCAGGUAUUUGACACUGUCCUCUGACCUUGAUUGUCAGGACAAGGAGAUCAGCACCAGUUUACCAGUGGUGGACCUGAUUGAUGCCAUCCAACCUGGCAGCAUCAGCUACGACCUGGUCAAGACUGGCAGCCUCUCAGCCGAGGACAAGCUGGAGAACGCCAAGUAAGACUUCCACUGAUAUACCUGUCCUGACGAUCAUUGAUAUGGGAUAGUGACCUGUAAAAAGAACUCAAGCUUCAAUUACUUCCAGUUUUUUUGCUAUACUUCCUGUUAAAAACAUAAAAUAUGGAGGGGUUGUGAAGUAUAUAUUCAGAAGUCAUACGUACAAAUAUUAAAAAAAAAUAGGAAUGUGUCCGAGAUGUCUUGUUAUAGAAGAAAGUGCUGAUCAAUAUUAAAUGAAACAACCUAUUUCCCCUAUUAGAUAUGCCGUGUCCAUGGCGAGGAAGAUCGGCGCACGUGUCUACGCUCUCCCAGAUGACCUGGUGGAGGUCAAGCCCAAGAUGGUGAUGACCGUGUUCGCCUGCUUGAUGGGCCGGGGGAUGAAGAGGGCUUAAUGGGCUGUGCCACUUUGGCAUUGCCACACAACUACCCACAAGCCUUUUGCUUGAUGAAGGGCCACCCGAGAAUGAAGAAAGACCUGUGGAAGAAAAUUGUUACAGACGUUUACAGUUUUGUUUUUUUCCCAAUCGAUUUGGUACUAUUUUCACAAGUAUGUGGUAAACUUUCAAAACUCUUUGUACAAAACUCCAAAACACAGCGUAAUAAUAUCUUCUGAAUUUAGUUAUUUUAACAACCAGUUAAUCCAAUAGCAAAACAUGCAUGAUACAUGUUUCAAAAUUGCCAUUUGAAUGUAAUAUGCUACAGUACAUUACAAUGUUUUCACAUUAGGGAAUACACUUCUACUACCCAUCAAAAUUUACUGAAAAUCUAAUUUCCAUCAUUUCUAUCCCAUGUGUGAUCAAAGGUGUAUUCAUUCUUUCACAAUCAU